GCAAAACUUUACCGAUACAAACAAUGAAGUGAAAGCUGUAGUAGUGUUGGUACUGUACUGUUGGCUUAAUUUAAAGAACAGAAGAGGAGACUAGGCGUUUCCCGAGUCCCGACUUCCCCCAACUUGCUGCUGCCUGCCUGUCUCCAUUAUUAGGUUCUUCCAGGUCUCUCUCUCUCUCUCUCUUCAGGUAAACAGUCAUGUAUCUCAGGGUGGAAUUAUCGUGGAACGUAGUGGUGUCUGCUGAGCAGCUGCAUGGUGAAGGGCUGCUUCUCCAAAGAGCUAUAAUCUUGCAAUUGAUGGAGGACUUCUCAAACCGCAAAGCGAACUCGGACUACGGGUAUUUUGUGGCUCCUACUGCCUUGGAACGCAUAGGGGACGGAAAGGUCAGGCAGGAUUCUGGCGACGUUCUCUUCCCUGUUGUUUUCAAAUGUAUCUCCUUCAAACCGUUCAAGGGAGAGAUCCUGUGUGGUGUGGUGAACAAGAUCAUGAAGCAGGGGGUUUUCCUAAGCUGUGGUCCCAUUGAAAAGGUUUUUCUUGCAGCUAUCAAGAUGGGAGAUUACCAUCACUUCCCUGGUGAGAAUCCAGUGUUCCAGAAUGACAAGGACUCCAAGAUAGAGAAGGAUGUGCAGGUUCGCUUCAAGGUCCUUGGAACAAAGUGGAUUGAAACGGAUAGGGAAUUUCAGAUCUUGGGAAGCUUGGAAGGUGAUUAUCUGGGACCCAUCUACAAGGGUGAAAUCUAAUUUUGAAUGUGCUCACAUUCCCCCUCCAUGAAAGAUGUGUAUAUCUUUUCUUCUUUUUUUUUCAUUUUGUGUUUGGAGGGGCAGGUAAAAGAAUAUAGGACUACAGGUUUGGUUUAUCACUAGGACGGAUGGACAGAUGGUUAGGUCUUAAGUAAAUGGGGUAGAAAAACGUACAAUUAGGAGUCUCAGAAAGUGUCACGGUAGAUGCUAUAACAAUGCAAGUCGCAUCUUUAUAUUUUGGAAGAAAACUAUGGCGAGCGUGUAAUCUAUCUGUUAUCAUUGACUUCCAGAUUAUCACUUGUUGAGAUUGAUUAGAAGUAUGCCUGCUUUAUUU